AUGACUACCACACUCCAAUCAUUUACCUCUCCCCCUCGAUACCGACUGAGCGAUAUGCAACCACAACAACCCCCCGACUCUUUUGACUCUCCAACCUCGACCGAUAAAUCAACUCAAACUCAACCUGGGGGAUUGAUGUACCGAAUGAUCUCCAACAUGGGAUAUCCCGCCACUCACCAACCUACACCUCCUUCACCUGCUUCAUCCACUUCCAAGACUGGCAACACCGAAACGAACGCUACCUUAUAUCUCAACACCCCUGACAAACUCAUGAAAUGGUUGAAUCAACGUCCCUCCUCCACUACUCAACAUCAAACCUAUGGACAUUUGGAACUUUCCUUCGAUCUAAAAUGGUUCCGAACUCAUCCCAAGCUAUUCACCAGAAUAUUCACUUCACCCUAUUCGACCAAAAACGUCCCACUUGAAAAUCUCUAUUCGGUCAAACUCAUUACAACCGGUGUGAACUUCUUUAUGCUUGACCAAAAACCUGUUAUCGAUCAAAAAGGUAUCGAACAAUAUACCGAACGACUAGCUAUCACUUUACACCAUACGCUCAGUGUGCUACUCCGAGUACUUGUUGACGACAAUGGACCUCGAUAUUUUACAUGGAUCGAUGGGAAUAAUCAAUUCUUGAAGGUUUAUAAUAAGAUCAGGGGUAAUUCGAGUAAAGUGAAAUCAUCGAAGUGUCAAACUCCCGCUAUACUCCAUCAUUGGAUUAAUACCUCUAAUUGGUACUUUCCCUAUCUUAUCAGACCCACAUGGUACUUCGGGGGAAAUGAAAAGGGUGAAGAGAACGAAGAGAUGUCUCCUAUCAAAUAUAUGAGUAUUCCCGCAGAAGGUCUACACAAGUACAUUAAAGGAGUGACGAUGAAUGAAAUUAUUGGGGAUAUCAUCAGUAGAAACGAGGAAGAAGGUGAAGAAGCGAUCAUUGAGAUUAGAGGUAAAGUGCAAAGAGGGAAAGAGAAGUAUGUGAAGGAGUUGAAAGAGACAUUGAGGGUUGUUGACGAGAAAGGUAUAAUCGUUUUGGUUUUCGUCGAUGAGAAGGAGCUGUAA